AUGCCCAAAUCCUCCAAGAAAGCCCGGUCGCAGGUUCCCGUGGCCGGUGGCGCCGCCCGUUCAAAUCCCAAAAAGGGCCGCAAAAUGCACACCUUUUCCAAGCUCUCGACGGCGCAAAACCCCGGCGCCGCCAACGCUCAAAGUCAAUCUAAGAAGCAACCGGCUCAACAGAAACGGCCGAUCAUCCCGUUCGGUACCAAUGAUCAUAUUUUACUUGUUGGCGAAGGAGAUUUCUCCUUUGCGCGCUCUUUGGUGACGCAGCAUCGCUGCCGGCAUGUUUUGGCUACCUGCUAUGACUCUAAAGAGGUGCUCUGUGAGAAGUACCCCAAAACAGAAGUAACGAUCAGUGAGAUUCUCGGCGCUUUCUCUAAGAAGGCCGGCGGCGAAGCGGUGAGCAAUGAGGGCCAGGCCGAGGACAGGACGGCUCCCGGGAAGGUAUCCGACAGUGUUCAAAAGAGUCGAGGGCCGAAUGUCCUCUUUUCAGUCGACGCCCGGAAGCUUGGGCUAGCCUCCGGGGGUGGCAAGGACGUUCGUCAGGGCUUUCCCCGGCGAAAGCGUAAGCGCCCUGCUUGGAUAGAGGCGAAGGAGGGACCGUCAUCUGCAACGAAAGGCGGACCGUGGGACAUCAUCUGCUUUAAUUUCCCCCAUGUCGGUGGUCUGUCCACCGAUGUCAACCGACAAGUUCGCGCCAAUCAGGAGUUGCUCGUGGCGUUUUUCAAGGCUUGCGUCCCGUUUCUAUCCUUGCCUCAAAGGGUCGACGAAGACCUUGACGAGGACGAGUGGGAAUAUAGCGACGAUGACGAAGAUUCGGACUUGGAUGAGCAGAAUUCUCCUUCGGCAGACGCUCCGGGUCCAGCGAAAAGCCAAAUAAGGACGGAGCCUGGACAAAUAUUAGUAACCAUGUUCGAGGGAGAGCCUUACACCCUCUGGAACAUCAGGGACCUGGCACGCCACGCCGGUCUGAGGGUUGUUACAAGUUUCAAAUUCCCAUGGAGCUCCUAUAAAGAUUAUUCCCAUGCCCGGACGAUAGGGGACAUCGAAGGAAAGCAUGGAGGAAGAGGUGGCUGGCGAGGUGAGGAUAGAGACGCUAGGAUGUACGUGUUUGAGGUCAAGCAGGAAGACCAUCCUGCACCUAUGAGGAACCCUAAAUCCUCAGGCAAGAACGGUAGUGCGGGAAGGAAGAGGUCGAGAGACGCGUCUGAGAGUGACAGCGAUUAG